GCGAGGAGGAAGGCUGGAGAACGGCGAUGUGUGAAUGGCAGAUGGACGCGUGAAGCGCGCGCAGCAGCAGUAGCUGAGCGUUACUGCAGACGGCUCCACGACACUUUGGCGGCGCAGACAUGACAACUUUUGAUUUUUCCGACGUGGAGGCGUUUUUGGAUUGCCACCCGGAGCUCUUUGAGGAAUACCUCGUCAGGAAGGGGAAAUGCGACACCCUGAGCAGGUGGCUCAAAGAGCACCCGCCGUCCAAAACCUCUCCGGCGGCGGAGGAGAAGCGCGGCGCCGCGAGGGAUCCCUUCUGGCCCAUGAACCCCGACGGGCUGAAGCGCAGAUCGUCCCACAUGGAGCUCCGCAGGAACUUCGCCCGCUCCAAAGCGAUGACGGCGCACCGGACCUACGACGAGCACGUCAGUCUCGCGGCUCACGAGUCCCAGUCGAGCAUGCGACGGCGCGCGCUGCUGCGGAAAGCCAGUUCGUUGCCGCCGACCACGGCGCACAUCUUGAGCGCGCUGCUCGAGUCCCGGGUGAACGUGCCUCAGUAUGCCUCCAGCGCCAUCGACUACAAAUACAGACUUAAAGAGUCCAACGAGAGGGAGUUCUUCCUCGAGCUGGUCAAAGACAUUUCUAACGAACUUGACAUGACGAACCUCAGCUACAAGAUUCUUAUCAACGUGUGCAUCAUGGUGAACGCAGACAGGUGCUCGCUUUUCCUAGUGGAGGGACCGUCUCAUAAGAGGACGCUGGUGUCCAAGUUUUUUGACGUGCACUCGGGUACGACGGUGCGACCCUCUUCGAGCACUCUGGACUCAAACGAAGUCCAGGUUCCGUGGGGAAAAGGCAUAAUAGGUUAUGUAGCAGAACACGGAGAAACCGUCAACAUCCCGAACGCAUACGAGGACCAUCGUUUCAGUGAUGAAAUCGACAAGCUGACGGGCUAUAAGACUCAGUCCAUUCUGUGCAUGGCCAUCCGCAACAGCGACGGAGAAGUCAUCGGCGUAGUGCAGGCCAUCAACAAGAACCCCAGCGGGACUCCAUUCACAGAGGACGAUGAGAAGGUGCUUCAAAUGUAUCUACCAUUCUGUGGAAUAUCGAUCUCCAACGCCAAACUCUUCUCCGAAUCCCGCAAGGAGUAUGAGAGGAGCAGGGCCCUGCUGGAGGUGGUGAAUGAUCUGUUUGAGGAGCAGACGGACCUGGAGAAGAUCGUGAGAAAGAUAAUGCAGCGUGCGCUGACAUUGCUGCAGUGUGAGCGAUGCUCGGUGCUACUGCUGGAAGACAUCCACUCUCCCGUAGUAAAGUUCUCCCAGACCUUUGAGCUCAUGUCUCCGCUGUGCAGCGUCGAUCGUGACAUCAGCAUGGAGAAGGUGUCUUGUUCGGACUGGCUGAUCAAUAACAGCAUUGCUGAGUUGGUAGCAUCCACCGGGCUGCCUGUUAACAUCAGUGACGCCUGUCAGGACCCCGCGUUUCCUACUCAGGCAGACCAGGCUUCUGGUUUUCAUAUCCGAUCAGUUUUAUGCGUCCCCAUCUGGAAUCGGACACAUCAGAUUAUUGGCGUUGCCCAGAUUCUGAAUCGCUUGGACAGAAAGACAUUUAAUGACGCAGAUCAAAGGUUAUUUGAGGCAUUUGUUAUUUUCUGCGGUCUGGGCAUUAACAACACAAUGAUGUAUAACCAGGUUAAAAAGACUUGGGCCAAGCAGUCUGUGGCUUUAGAUAUGUUGUCUUAUCAUGCUACAUGCUCCAAGGCAGAGGUUGAUCGACUGAAGGCUGCUAAGAUUCCCCUAAGCAGCGAGCUCGGGAUCGAUGAGCUCCACUUUAAUGACUUUUCUCUGGACAACGACGCCAUGAUCACUGCCUCCCUGCGGAUGUUUUUGGAGCUCGGUGUGGUGCAGAAAUUCAAAAUUGAUUACGAGGUGCUGUGCCGCUGGCUGCUUACCGUGAGGAAGAACUACCGCACCGUAGCCUAUCACAACUGGAGGCAUGCCUUCAACGUCUCGCAGUGCAUGUUUGUUAUGAUCACCACUGCUGGGUUCCAGGAGGUGCUGACAGACACCGAGACUCUUGCGCUUAUGGUUGGGUGUUUCUGCCAUGACCUCGACCAUCGUGGCACUAACAACGCCUUUCAGGCAAAGUCUGGCUCAGCACUUGCUCUCCUGUACGGAACAUCUGCCACGCUUGAGCAUCAUCAUUUCAACCACGCCGUCAUGAUCCUGCAAAGUGAGGGUCACAACAUUUUUGCAAAUCUAUCCUCCAAAGAGUACAGCAACAUGAUGCAGCUACUGAAACAGGCCAUUCUGUCCACAGAUCUCACCUUGUACUUCAAAAGAAGAACCAAGUUCUUUGAGUGUGUUUUGUCGGGACAGUUCAGUUGGAGUAAUGAAGAACAUAGAGACGUGUUUAGGUCUAUGCUGAUGACUGCGUGUGACUUGGGUGCAGUGACUCGACCAUGGGAGAUCUCAAAACAGGUGGCUGAAUUGGUGACCAGCGAAUUCUUUGAACAAGGUGACAGGGAAAGAUCAGAGCUGAAGCUUACACGGCUGUAUGCCAUUUUUGAUCGCAAUCGUAAAGAUGAGCUUCCCGUGCUCCAGUUAGAAUGGAUUGAUGGAAUUUGCAAGCCGUUAUAUGAGGCGCUUGUGAAGUUGAAUAGGAAGCUUCAGCCGAUGGUAGAUGGAAUUGAUGCCAACCGAAAGAAGUGGGAGGAGCUUUGUCGUUCAUUUCAGCAAACACGGAGAGCCUCUGAGUGCAUCUCCAGUCUGGAAGCAGGAGAGACAGAAACGCCUCAGAGUCCAGACUCCACCCACGAGCCGGAAUCAAGUCAGAGUGAGGUGACCAAUCAGAGACGAGACUCCACCCACUGUGUGGAGCCAAGUCAAGCCACGAUAGCCAAUCACAAAUAAGAGGCGUGAUGUGACCAUUAAAGGAUGGCCCACUGAGUCAGGGGUUCCCAAACAACUUUUUUCUGAACCUUAUUUUAAGUUAUUUAGAUUUUAACUUUUUUAAGUUUUUUAGAUUUUAAGUUAAUAUGUUCAUAUUCUAAUCACAGAUUUGCAUAGUCACAAUUAUCUGACGUUGGUUAAUGGACUUUAUUUAACAAAAUGGAUCAGAUAUUUAUAAUUUUUUUUCAAUAAAUGUUUUAUUUUAAAAUUAUUCAUAAACAGGGCUGCACAACUUAAAAAAAUACAUACUUUGUUAAUUUGUCAUUUACGCCAAUUUUAAGAGUCAUAUCUCAUAUGAAAACAUCUUAUAUUGCUGCUGCUGAAUCCAUCUAAAACCUCUUACUUUAUUUUUACUAUUAUUUUUAUUAUUAUAAGUUUUGAAAAAUUAUAAAAUCAAGUCAUAAAUAACUGAUAAUUACAUUUUACAAGUCUUAAUUAAAUUGCAGCCUUGGAUAAAUAAACUAUGAUAUAUCAUAAAUUCUAUGUAAUUUUGAUGAAGUAUGCAGCGCCAUUUUUUUUUAAUUUUAGAUUUGAUUUAAUGAAUUAUUAGCUUCAUCAGCUCAUGAACCCCCGUGGUUUGUAAAACCCACACUUGAGAAACCCAGCUAAUGAAUGACAGCUUUCCUAUGUUUAUAUAUAUAUAUGAAAAAAAAAACACGUUGCUAACCAAACAUUUUUUAUGUGGGCUGCUUUGAGACUGACAGUAUUUCUAUUGAAAUGACUUCAAGCAUUUACAGCACAAUUUAAAAACACAACUAAACAACUGUCACUGGUUUUAAAAAGAAACUAUUUACUAAGAACCCAUAUUUUUUCAAUUUGAUCUCUGAAAAAAAUACAUCAUGGAAUACGUGACAAAACUGUGAACACGUGCGGGAAGUUCAGGUGCACAAAAAAUGAAUGUGAGGAAUAGCGGUAAAGUGUUUCAAAUGCUCAAGUGUUGUUUAGUGAGUCUGUGCUGCUAUUUUGCAAGUUACAAGUUUGCUUUUGCGAUACAUAAAGAUAGUUGCUGAUAGGAUUCCUAUGCUUCAGAUGCGGAAACUGAGCAUUGAUUUGAUGAAUGUAUAAAUUAAUAUCACUGUGAUCUUUUGCUGUCGUUUCUUUAAACUUGCAUGGAAGCACUGGAACACUGUUAUAACUGCUGAUUGUGCUAUAAUUUUAUAUUAUACAUACGCAUUGUUUAAUGUUUAUGUAUGCAUCUAUAGUCUCUUGUACCUGACGAACAGGACCUCGUAAAACAGUACAGGUCAAAUUUUUACACGAGAUCGCAUAUCGGCUGUUUAAACGGCAGACGUUUAUCCAGAACGAAUGUGAAGUCUUCUGUCUUA